CUGUCAAGUGUACAGGAUGAAGUAAACUCCCAAAAUCUAUCUUUGCUUACAAAGUAGUUGGUUUUACAUCUCUUUUAUGAUAUUCGCUUUUUUUUUUUUUUUUCUCAACAUAACCUGUUGAUUUUGUUUGCUUCAAUGGUGGGGUUCUAAUGCUUUCUAGUAUUCCUUUCUUCAUUCUUCAAAAUCUUUAAUCUUUUCAUUUCUUUACUGGAUUCCCCACCUGGGUUUUCUUUUCUUCUCCUUUUUGUUAGUUUUCUAUCAUUGCUUAUUUUUUUUUUAACUUUUUUAAUUAUAUAUUUUUUUAAAUAUAGCUUCACACACCCACAUGCAUGUUCUUGUGUUUGUCUGAUCUGGAUUGGAUCACAAGGAUCUCUUGUUUUUCUUUUUAUUUUUAGUUGAAGAACACUAAGAGAGAGAACAAACCGAGAGAAACAAAGAGAUAGACAGGUGUGUGUUGGUGGGGUUUAGUGCUAUGUGGGUGGAGCAAUCUUGGUUUCUUUGAGGGAAGAAGCUAAAGAGAAACCAGGAACAACUCCUAGAACAAGUAAGGUUGUUCUCCGCGGUGUUACUUGAAUUAGGUCUGAUAUUUUUCUAUUGUUGGAUGUGUUUUUCUCAGUGGUUUGUGAAGAUAAAUAAUUGCUAGGGUUUGAAUCGGGCAGUGAUCAUUUAUUAUGUUGGUUGAAUCGUAGAAUAAUUGGGGGUGUGGCUGUGAGUGUAUUAGUGUGAGUUGAUAUUGUUGAUACACCUGUGGCAUGGCGGGUAUUGAUGUUUCUAAAUAUGCUCAUAGCCCUGUGCACAAGGCUAUUGCCACGAGAGAUUAUGCCAGUCUCAGGAAAAUACUUGCUGCUCUUCCGAGGCUUGGUAAUCCGGCUGAGAUUCGUACUGAAAUGGCAUCCUUGGCAGAAGAAGAGAAGGCUGACACAAUAUCUGCUGUGAUUGAUAGGCGGGAUGUCCCCAAUCGGGACACCCCUCUUCAUUUGGCUGUCAAACUUGGUGAUGAGACUGCAACAGAGAUGCUUAUGGUUGCUGGGGCUGAUUGGAGUUUGCAGAAUGAACAGGGAUGGAGUGCACUCCAGGAGGCAAUUUGCAAUAGAGAAGAAGGGAUUUCCAUGAUUAUAGUUAGGCAUUACCAGCCAUUGGCAUGGGCUAAAUGGUGUCGGAGAUUGCCUCGGUUAAUUGCGACUAUGCAAAGGAUGAGGGAUUUUUAUAUGGAAAUUACGUUCCAUUUUGAGAGUUCUGUGAUACCUUUUAUUUCAAGAAUUGCUCCUUCAGAUACUUAUAAAAUUUGGAAGAGGGGUGCCAAUUUGAGGGCGGAUAUGACUUUGGCUGGAUUUGAUGGGUUUAGGAUCCAGAGAUCAGAUCAGAGUAUUCUUUUCCUUGGUGAUGGGUCUGAAGAUGGAAAGGUUCCUCCUGGAUCACUCUGCAUGAUCUCACAUAAGGAUAAGGAGGUGAUGAAUGCGUUGGAUGGGGCUGGCUCUCAAGCAACAGAAGAAGAGAUUCGACAAGAAGUGGCUGCAAUGUCUCAAACUAAUAUAUUUAGGCCUGGGAUUGAUGUGACUCAAGCAGUUCUUUUGCCACAGUUGACGUGGAGGCGUCAGGAGAAAACAGAGAUGGUGGGUCCAUGGAAAGCAAAGGUAUACGAUAUGCAUAAUGUAGUUGUUAGCAUUAAAUCUAGGAGAGUCCCUGGAGCUAUGACAGAUGAUGAGUUCUUCUCAUCUUGCAAUGAAAAUGAAGCCGAGAGUGAGGAGCUUGAUGAUAUUUUGACGGAAGAUGAAAGAAGGCAACUUGAGGUUGCACUCAAAUUGGAUACAUCUGAAACGAGCAAUGAGAAUGGUGAUGGGAUUAUUGCUCACCGCCAUAGUUGUUAUGAGCAUAGGGAGAUUCCCAUUCAGGAUUUGAGUUCAUGUAGAAAUGGAGACAGUAAACAAGAAAAGAAAGGAUGGUUUGGUGGAUGGAGGAAACGGGAUUCCAAACCUGAAGGACAGAAGAAGACUGUACCACCUAGAAGUUCGCUCUGUGUUGAAGAGAAGGUGAGUGAUCUUCUUGGGGACUCUCCCUCUGGAAGUCAGAUAAAACCAGGUAGACAUUCUGUUGAGAUUGUUGUGAGGGAUGAGCACCGGAGAGGAAGGGAUACCAGAACAUCAACUUCUGUAAGUUCUGAUAGUGGGCAUCGGCGCAAGGAUGGAGCUCGUGAGAAUGAGUAUAAGAAAGGGUUGAGGCCUAUUCUCUGGCUUUCCCCAAACUUCCCACUACAAACUGAAGAACUGCUGCCAUUGCUUGACAUUCUUGCAAACAAGGUUAAGGCUAUUCGUCGUUUAAGAGAACUGCUUACCACAAAACUCCCAAUGGGAACUUUUCCAGUUAAGGUUGCUAUACCAGUGGUUCCAACUAUCAGAGUGCUUGUUACUUUUACAAAGUUUGAGGAAUUACAGCCGGUGGACGAGUUUGCAACUCCCCCAUCAAGCCCUAAUGCUGCAGGCAGAGAAAGCCCUUCAGUGAUGCAGUCGACAAGUUCAUCAUGGUUUCAGUGGAUUAAAGCUCCUUACUAUCGCCCUGGCUCAUCCUCCAGUGGUUCUAGCAGUAGAAUAGAGACCAUCCAAGAUCCGUUUGCGAUUCCCCAAGAUUAUACUUGGAUUACUGCCGAAGCGAAGAAAAAGAAGAUGCAAGAGAAGAGCAAAUCAAAGAAAGGGAAAAGUCAGAAUCAAUGAAGUGAAGGCAAGAAAGAGUAAGCUCCAGAUGUAAAACAUGUUUUAGAUUCUAAAUCAAGUAAGCAGAUAGCAAAAUAGGGAAAGAAGUGUUUCAUUAAUCCUGAAAUUGUGAUAUUUAAAGAAAACAAAAAAGUGGGGUUCAUUCUUCUUCUAUGUUGAAGCAAAUGAUCCCAUGUGUGAAGGGAAAAUUUGGUAUAUCAUUGUGGGGGUGAAAAAAGAAAAGGGAAAACAGAAAAAAAAAAAAAAAAGAUAUUGUGAUUCUUACAGCAAAUGCUUGGCUUUUGGUGGUGGUUUAGAUUACUGAUUCACUUUCUUAUGUAUGUGUGACUGACUUUUAACUAUUACAAAUGUUAAAUGAUAGAUUAGCUAAUUCAUUUUACAA